CUGCUGCGCCAACCUACCACCCCGUCGUUUCUCCACCAGCGCACAGCGCCAUAUUCGCACUGCAGACUUUUGGGUUCAGUUGCAGCAAACUGUUUGCCACUGUCGCACGGGUGACGCCAAAAAUAAAUAUUUUUUGUAGAUCAAACUAACAAAAAACUGUUAGAUUGCAGCAACCAGACUCACGGAUAAAAUAUACGUCGAUUUAUGGUUACAGUGUAAAGUUAUUGUAUCACUCGCUUCAGAACCAGUGUCGAUUCAACACCGGACCGACGAAUUUCAAACAUGGGCACAUUUUCGGCAUGGUCGAUCUUUCUGGUGGUCUCGCUGCUUGCUGUGAAAGUCCUGUCCCAGGAGUUUGGUGACUUUGACCUGUCUGAUGCCUUGGAUGAUGGCGAUGUCACUAAAGCGCCGGCAGCCACACCGAAACCCAAACCGGUUCCAUCGGGAGCAGACCUGGACCUGUCAGAUUUCUUUGGAGAGGGUGACAAGAUUACCACCACCAAGGCUCCUUCUAAGGUUCCUCCUAAAGUCCCAGCAACCAAGGCCCCGCUCAAACCCAAACCCAAACCAGAUGACACCCAGGCUGAUUUUAACUUUGGGCCCGGCCUCCGCCCGGGCCUGCUCCCCCGUGCCACCAAGGGCCCCCGUAACCCACCUAGGCCCCAUCCUGCAGGUGAUGAGUUUGACCUGAGUGAUGCUCUGGACCCCAAAAACGACAUUGGAGGGAAGGACAAGAACAAGGGACAAGCAGAUAAAGGUAUCGGAGGCGGGGGCAAGGGUGCCGGAGCUUCCAACAACAGAGGGGGGAAUGGGGGUGGCUCCUUCUCAGACGAUGAUCUGUUUGACGUUGGAAAAGACAACACCUAUAACCCCGACAAAGGGAAAGGUGGACGCAAUGGUGGCCCAUCCACUGCUGAUGACAACAACUAUGACACCAUGGCGGAGACCGGAACCAUCGCGGGGAUCGUCAGUGCCGUUGGCGUGGCGCUGGUUGGCGCGGUUACAAGCUACAUCUCCUACCAGAAGAAGAAGUUCUGCUUCAGCAUACAACAGAGCCUGAAUGCAGAUCUGGUGAAGACUGAUAACCCGGACGCUGUGGUGGCCACAGAACCACAAGUUCAACAGACUCUUCUGGAGCCCCCCAAUGCUGAGCCCCCUAGUGAGGAGAACGCUGUCUAACACCCCCCCCCCCCCCCCCCCCCCCCCCCCAGUUCUGCCUCGUCCCCCCAACCUACACACACGCACAAACAAAGAGGGCAUGACAACACACACGUACCCGCUCCCACCUUAUGGAAUAUCUCUCUCCACCUGACACACACACACACCAACACACACACACACCAUUUUGAAUGAUAGUUCCCCCCCCCUUAUACCUGGCUAUACAGAGAUCGGCAAACUCUAUUUGUAAUGUAACGUUCCAUGUUGACACCGCCAACUUGCAUGACAUUCUAAGGUCAGAAUGACAUUGUGGCAUAACUUGGUGCCAACAUGGAGGGCAGUUUGCCGACCUCUGUAGACCUACCCCUGCCAAACUAUGUGUAAAUAUCAUUUUAAUUUAUUUUAACUGUUUUGAAUACCACUAAUAUGCCUGUUUCCUAUAUGAUUAUGUAGGAGAUGUUAACCUGAUCCCGGGAUCAGUUUGAGUUUGACAAUGAUAGUCAGAGGACUUGCUAAACUAAAACACAUACAGAUCUCGGACCAGGCUUCCAUCUUGGUAUUUCCUGAAGAGAUAGUGUAGGACAUAGUAUAGCUCACAUACUUGUCCCGUAACUCUGUUUAUCCAAUCAAAAAGCGUCUCUAAUCGACACAAGCCCUAUGAUCGGUGUGGAUUUGUUUGCUUAGGCAUAUAAAAAAAAGAAGUGAUUUGAACUGUUCAACUGUUGAUGCUAGAAAUCAAACGUCGAUUGAUAUCCGACCUGCACUUUCUAUCUGUUGGAUUGCCUUCAAUAUUAGUUGAAUUGGUUGAAUUCAAUUGGUUGUACGUAUAUCCCCCGUGUGAUUUUGUACCAUUUCUACCUUCAUUGUAUAUACUCGUCUUGUCCUAAAGACACAAAGCGUUUUUUGCAGUGGUUACUUACACAGGUUCAUGUCUAAAAGCUGCAUUUUUAUAACCUCGAUGCCAGCCUGUUUGUGCUUUUUAGGCACGUCCUUGUCACUCAUUGUAAUGCUAGCAUUUUUAUAGUGUUGAUUUGAGGAUGGGGAAAAAAAUGAAGCAAUUUGAAAAACGUAUUUGUUACCUACUAAACCCCCAGAGCUGCUGCUUUAUUGUCCAUCAUAUAGUUUGUGCUUUUUAAAGACACUGAAGAGAAAAUAGUCUCUUUUCCAAUAUCCUUAAUAGCAUACUACUUAGGGAACGAACCAGUAGGGUAUGAACCAGUGUAUUGGGUCCUAGCGUUCUAAGUAGUAUUCCAGUAUGGACAUCGGAGGGUACACAAAGGCUCUGUUCCAAUAUCCACACUAGCACACUACUUAAGCUGCGUUUAUACUGUCAGUCCAAUUCUGAUAUUUUGCCCAAUUAUUGACAAAAUAUCUGAUCUGAUUAGUCAAAAUACCAAUUAGUGGCAAAAGAUCAGAAUUGGGAUGCCUGUGUAAAUGUAGCCUUAGGGAACGAGCCAGUGUAUGAGGUCCUAGCAUUCAAAGUAGUACGCUAGUAUGGAUAUUGUAGCGUAGCCUUUAGUCUACUUGUGUGGAAACGUGUUUGUGAUGAAGAUAAUAAUACUACUCUUUGUACGUUGUAUAUCUAUUUUGUCUUAUUGAGAUAAUGCCAGUGCUAGAGAAAGUUAAGUCAAUGUGAAAUCGAAGCCUAGUUGAACUUUAAAACCUCUUGAUAUUGAAGUAACAUAAUGGUCGCGUUCCAGGCCAACUACAUUGUAGAUGUUGCAGAUAUUCCAGGGCAUCAACCAAUAGUUGCGUGCCACAUCAUCAACUUGGCGGUCAGGCAUCAGGUUGCUAUAUCAUAGUGUGGUUAGCUGGUGUGUUAAAGUCUUAUCCAAGCAUUGUGAGAUCUGGAAGGCGUCUGCAAUGUAGACAGUCUGUAACGCGCCCAGUGGCAAUCUAGAAAAUGGAAGUUUGUUUUUGUAACAAAGUCAUUUAUGGCUAUGUAUAGACUUCUGAAGUCCUUCAGAUUUAGCUCUUUGCUAAUAUGAAAGCAUAGUUAGUUAGUCUUAGGUUCUUUGGGUAGUCUUCAUACUAGGUGUUGGUGUGCUGCAGUCAGUUGCUUGUUAGGAUGAUUGGGGUCAAUUCCAUCUCAAACCAGCCAAUUCAGGAAGUGAUUUAAAAUUCCAUUUCAAGAAUUGAGAAAAUGCACAAGAAUUUAUAAAAAUCCUUAAUUGAAAAACAAUGGCACAUUUCAGUUAAUGAAUUGGUAUUUGAAAUCACUCCCUUGAAUUUACUUAAUUGAAAUGGAAUUGGCCCCAAUCCUGGUUAGGAGACUAGUAGUGAAAGUGAAGCUUGUAAAUUGCGGUGUUUCUGUGUUUUUACUAUUACUUGUUGUAUGAGCAUAUUCCUUGAUAUUACGGUGUGACCUGAUGAUCUAUACACUCGUUCCUAAGUGUGUUUUUGCGAGAAAAUAAUUGCGUCUCUGCACCCCCACUCUUUCUACACUAACGUUUCCUAGAGUGGGUUUUGUCUUAACUUCUUAGCUCAACUUAUUUAACAUUUAUUUUAGAUAUAGAAGAACGUUUGUUUCCAAGUCACUUUUAUUCCAGAAAUGAAAACCUUUUUAGGGCGGAUCUAAAAUGGCCCCCUAUUCCCUCUGUAGUGCACCUACUAUAUAGGGAAGAGGAUGUGAUUUGGGAUGUCGUCCUACUGUGUGCCGCACCCUGUUCUGUUUGGCUCCCUUGUUGCCUUGGAAGCGCAGCUCUAGAACCACUCCUUCUGUGAUGUUCCAGUAUUCUCCCUACCUGCAGUAACUCACUGUCCCUAACAACUGCACCAGGAUCAGUUGUAUCAUCUUACUUAUAAUGGGUAAGUUAAGGAUUGAGUUCGGAGGAACUGUUGUAAAACCGUGUAAAAAUAUGGACAGAAUAUCCCGAAGACACAUUUCAGUUCAAGGCAUUCAGUUGUACAACUGACUAGGCAUCCCCCCUUUCUCUUCCUUUAACAUGGACCGUAGUGUUGCGGAAUACAACACAGGACAAUAGAACUGUCCAAACAUUCAAUUUCACACAGGUUAAAAGGUCCAAUGCAGCAGUUUAUUAUCUCAAUAUCAAAUCAUUUCUGGUUAACAAUUACCUUACUAGCUAGGUUUCCAUCCAAUUGGUGAAUUUCUUGCAAAUACAGUAUGCUAAAAUCCACAUGAAAACAUUAUGCACAUUUUCCCACCAGAGAUGUGUUUCCACCAAAUUGACGUGUUGCAGAUGAAAGGCUGUGUGUGAUGACGUAGUGCACAUGAACAUACCUUUUUUGCGGUUAAAUUCCCAUGUACCGAAUAAAGAAAUACAAGUUCCUGUAAAUGGGUUUCCAUCGCAUUUUCAACUCUACUGAUGGUUUUCUCGCCAAAACAAUUGCAUUAUAUAGCGCGUGCCCACUCUGGUAUUAGCAAGUGCGCUCGAGCCAAUAGCUUGCAGAUAACUUUGUGGGUAUAGCCUACAUGAUUAUGGACAAACGGCAGCCAAGCAUCGAUGAUCAUGUCGCCAGAAUAAAACCCUCUAUAGUUAUUGGAAAGGAGCAUCAAGCACAUCACCGUGCACGUUCACCACCCUGUGAAGUUCAUCGUAAUUUAUUUAAUCUGUAGCCCAAUGAACUGCAUGCUUUCCCGACGAGUCGUAGGGGGAGGACCACACAACAUGUCAUUGUGUGACUCCCAAGUUUACUUCGAUAUGAUGGUUAUUAUAUCAAUAUUUGCGCAUUAAAGCAUUUCCACCAACAUUUCUUGCUUAAUUAAUUUUACAAACACAAAACGAUCCCACCUUGUCUAGCGUAUUUUGUUUUGUCGACAUUUGAAAAGUUUACCGACAAAUUUUCUGUUUCCAUCACAGACAUUUUUUAAUUGAUGUACUUUAUGCGCAUAAAAAGGUUGGAUGGAAACCUGGUUAUUGUGAUUGGUUUCAAUUAAAAUAGUCAAAAGGAAACUAAAUUAGCAAUUUCUCAAGCAAGAAUUUUGGUAGGACUGUCAGGGAGUGGUCUGAGUGGGGAGGGGAAAACUGAUGUCACCAGGCAGGCCAAAACUCCAACCCACUAAAACAAGCCAAAAUUUCAGCAGGCCUUUUCAAACACUAAAAGGGCAUUAUCAUAAUUUUCACAAUUUCACAGUAUUAUUCUAACCUUACAAUGGAAAUAUAUAUAAAACAAAAAUCACGUUUUUGACUGCACUGGACCUUUAACUAAGGGGCAGUGAGUAACUGGAGAACCCUAGUUAACACUUUCCUCUUCUGUCACCCAGAUUCAGGUGUGCAUUGCUAACCUCUCUCCCAUGACACUGCUGUAGUAGUUAUGGUGCUUCUCUAUGCCUUAUAACCUGCUAGCUCAUGCUGGGUCCCACAGUACUAACCACAUAGACUAGAAUCAAUAGAAUGAACAACGUUGUCUCCGAGCAUUUGGUAUGGUUCUGUAUGUAAACCCAAGACACUCCAUUUAAUAUGAUAUGUUACGUUUCAUAUGGUAUGUAUUAAUUUGUGGAUGUCCUUCAUCCAUUUCAUGAUAUGUUACAAAUUGCAAUUCGUACAAUAUGUUACGAAUUCCAAUUUGUUGUUGCUAAUGUUAGCUAGCUGGCUAGAAUUAGCUUGGCUAGUGGAUCGGGGUUAAGGUUAGGGAUAGGAGUUAGGUUAAAGGGUUAAGGUUAUGGUUACGGGAAGGGUUAGCUAACAUGCUAAGUAGUUGCUAAUUAGCUAAAAUGCUAAAGCUGUCCGUGACGAGAAUUGAACACAACCUUUGGGUUUCUAGAUUUUCGCGUUAUACCAAAUGUAACAUCAUACUAAAUUCAGUGUUAUGGAUUUGCAUUUACUAUGUUACGUCUAGUCUAUGAGACCAGUCUGGAAUGGCACAUUCAAUGGCUAGAAUGGCUAGAAUUUUCUCAGUGUUCUACACAUGCAACAAUGGUGUGGGAACUAGAGAUGAUAUUUCUAUGGGAACUACCAAUUGAAUUCCAGUGGUCUAAGGGCAUGUGUCCAUUCUAUGCAUUCUAUUUCUAUGGCUAAACCCCCCCCGCCCCGCCCCCCCCCACCCCAGUGACUGAGAUCUGUGCUUACACGCAAAAAAACAACAACAACGAAUGUUAAACGAAUGUAAUCUUUCUCUUAACUCAGAUGCGACAGCGCCUACCGCGGUGCUUUUCGCUCGUAGCAAAGAUGUUAAAAAACCCACCAAAGAUGUAGCAUUGAUGGAUUUGACCAUUGGAAGAUUUUCAGAUAUCAGAUCUUAGUGUUGUGCUUUGGGUUGAAUGUUUCACUUUAUAACUGCCACUAAAUAGUAGAGGAAGGCACCCCCUUUCUUUUUACUAUUGCAUGCGAGGUAGUUUUGGGCACAACCAAAAAUAAAACACAUGUGAAGACAUUCGAUUCUGGACCAAUUGAAUGUUUAGGAGUGUCUUCCACAUGAUAACAUCACAUAGCUACAUAAAAAUCCCCCAAAUAAAAUGACAUAGAAAUUCCUCACAAAUAUUCACUUUUUAAACGUGGAUUGAGACUGUUAGGGCGAAGAAUCCCACCAUCCCGUCAUAGACUUGUUAUAGGCUUGGUAGAUAUAAGAGAAUUUGAUUUGAAGAGCACAAGAGUUGUGUGUGUCAGAAUUGCCUGUGAGAUGAUUAUCUUGUGGUACUAUGGUUUACUCUCGUGGUAUGGUGUACUCUUGUGGUACUAUGCUAUACUAUGGUGUACUAUGGUUUUGAAUGGUAUUAUUGUCCCUCUUGGAUGCAGUAUGGAUAAUUUGCCUGAUUUGGAAAUUAGAUCAUGUCAAGUUUUCAAAGACAUAAGGAAACGUAUAUACAGUAGUAUACGAGUCAAUGACCUAGGAGACGCUGCCCAGUAGUUUGCAGUCCUACGGCUUCAACGUUUCCCUUGGUUUCUAUGGUUUACGAUAAUUGGGAACUAAAGGUAACAGACAUGGCAGCAGUUGGAUAACAUGCCUUAAAUCUAGAGGCUCCUCUGCUACACAUACGACCGUAUGGGCUAUAAUGGAACUGUACAGAAAUACAAUGCAUGUUUUGGGAUAAGUAGCAGUAGUCUUUGGAAGUUUCCCUCAUUGGGUUUGCAUUGAGAACGCCUGGGCGCCAGUAUGUUUCCGCUCUCUUGCCAACUCCUUAUGACUUGACGCAUGACAGCAAAGGAGCUGGCAAGAGCACAAACAGCUCUGGGACCAGGCUAGCAUUGCUAGGCUUGGUCUGAUGAUAAUGUAUUUGGAUCAGGAGUAGUAGUUGGUGGUUGAAUGUGAAGGUAUGUAUGAACUGGCAGUGAAGUCUAGGAUGAGAACUAUAAGGAUUGGACCGGCAUGUCAUAAUAGAAACCUGGAAGUGCGCAAGAGUGCCAAGUUCUCCUAUCCAGUUCCAUUCACUGGUGGCUCUGUUGAAAUGUAGUGCACUAAUAUCUAGGAAAUAGGGUGUUCUUGGAGACACAGUUCAAUUUGGUUCCAGUGCAGAUGUACUUCAUUAAGAAUGAUCUAUUACACCACUGUCUCACUCUUCUUUAUCUCAUUCUAGAGCGACGUCAUCCAGUCGUUGCACUAGCUGUCACUCCAACCCCACUGACCAGUUAGAAGUAAGAACGCAGGGCUCUUAUGACAUCGCAAUGUAAACAAUGUAUUCCGACUGUAGCAUUCACUUCAGAUACGUACUAACAAUAUGGCCUUCUGCAUGCACAGAAUCCACGCCUGAUUCACUAGUGCCUGUCAACUGAACUACACACACAAUUUACGCACGCACAUAUGUAUGCGCAAUCACACACACAAAACACACAUUUGACAUGUAUGCACACACACACACACACACAGUCAAUGAAUGCCACUGGUUUUCUAACUAACAAUGAGCAUCUGAAUGUUGGACAAUCUUGGAUAAAUCUUAUGCUAACAACAGAAAUGUGAUGAUUCCUACUGAGGCUUUCUAUAUUGCUGCAGUUCUAUACUAUAUCUCACUGCUGUCUCUCACUCUCACUGGCAAUACAUUAUGGAACAACAUUCGUCAAUCAAUGAAACCCAAUAAAAUCAUUUGAAAAGAAAA